CUGAGGAAACAUUUUUCGAUUGUACAAUAAAAUGGAAAUUAUUGCCAGCUCACCUGUGCACGCAACUUUUAUCAAUCAUUAAAAAUUAAGUAGUGGGGCUAAAAUUUCGACAUGCGACUACUACCUCGCAGUGAGUCCCAUUCAGUUUUUAAUUGAAGUAUGUUUUUAAUUAAUUUCCACUAAUUAAGCCGCAGAUAUUCAUUAAUUUUUGUGUUUUAAUUAAUAAUAAUGUGCCUUAUUUCUUACCUGUAAACAAAAGUUACAAAAUGAGUGAAGAAUCGCCGAAAAACAUUGAAGAAGGCCAUGGUCAAACUGUGGCCCCAGUUGCGGAGCCUCCGACAAAAAGUUGGGUUAAAUUCGAGGAAGACAGUGAACCAAAACCUGUGUUGACCAGUACUCCAGAGAAAUCUGAGAAUCAUCAGAUUAAGCUCGAAAAGCCACCGCAAACACCUAAACAUUCUCAGAAUAAGCCGCAAACCUUUGAAAAUGCUCAGAAAAUGCCGCAGAAAAUAAUCAAGGAACCACCGCCUCAGGAUGAUUCUCCUGCUGUUUUGUCUACUGAGAGUGUGCAAGUUACUUUGGAGAGGAGUCUCAGUCGAUCAAUGAACGAGAGUAUGAAUAAUCAUGUUGCUGGUUUGGAUCAGAAACCGUUGAGAAAUGUUGAAUUACCUGUGGCUACUGUGGAACCCAUAAGACAAGGAUUUUCUAAUGGUGAUAUUAUUGUUACUCUAUUGCCUGUAAAUGCUCGAUUUCCAUGGAUCACACCCGCAGUAUUCCGUCCAGAAUUAGUACCUGAAGAGUUAAUGGCUCAAGGACUAACUCUCACCGUAGAAGAAUAUGUCCAAGCUAUGGAAUUACUAGUAAACGACGUCAGAUUUACUAUGUAUAACGUUUGCUACAAACGAGUACUUGUGAUAUGGAUUACCCUAGCCUUUAUUGUAUUGUUAAGUUUACUAUUUUCCGGAACCAAUGGACUCACCCUGUUUGGAUUGGGCAUUGGAUGGCUUGUACUUAAUGCCGCAGCUAUAUUUUUAUCAAUGUAUAUUAAGUUUAAACUUCAAAGGAAUCUCGAAAGAUGUUUGGCAAACGUCAACAAACAACUUCUCCGUCACAAAAUCGCAUUGGCGCUAGACGACCGUGGUAAAAUUUCCUGUCACAAAGUGAACCUUUGCUUCAUUUACAUGGACUCUGCACCUUGUAUUGCCCAUCUUCAAACCUCCAUUGAGCAACAGGAAAGAGAUCCUGCUAGCGGUUGGGAGCAGAGAAUGGAUAUUACAGCUAAUGAUAUUGUGAUUCAAGGUAGCAGGACUACUCGGUUAUCUAGAAAACAGGGCCGUUCCGAACAGCUCUACUUACGCUAUGUACAGCGUUGGGGCAAAGAUUUCCUUCGGAGACGAUUAGAUUGGACUAUCGACGAAAUGUUAGGGAAUCCAGCUAGUCCGAGGCACAUACAGAGCGCUUUAUGUCCUUGCCAGUAUAUGGAGGAUAUUCUGGCAAACAAAACUACCCCGUUGGACGAUCAGAGGGACUGUUGUCCUAUUUGGUCUAGGCUUAUGUCUCGUCUGGGGAUUUAUUAGAAGAACGCGCCACUCUGCUCUACCUCCGCUACGUUUCUAGAUGGGGUCGCGAACGUAUCCGCGGACUACUCCAAAGUCCCCCAUCUGCUGGCGGACGUCACUGUGCCUCUCUGACCUGUCCCUGUCAGUUCGUCGAGGACCAUCUUCAUUGUAAACCGCAAGGUUCAUGUUGCUUAUACUUCUCUGAUGAUAAUGUUCGAUCUGAAAUUAUGGCCUCAAUGCAUCUGCCAAGACUUUCGUCCUAAAUUUAAAAUAAUUAUCGUACCUUCUCAGGAUUAUUGGAAAUUAUUUUUUUAAUAUUUUAUUUUGCCAUGAUACUUAAUUUAAAAUAGGUUAAUAGUAUUUAGAGUAUUGUUUGUAUACAUUUGCACUUUAUCUUUAUUUUUAGCACCUCUAGAUAUUUUAUUAUUGUAUUUUAUUUCAUUGUUUUAAAUUCAAAUAAAAACUAUGUAUUGACAGAAUCAUAUUACUAUAAACUUAAAUUAUUAAAAAGUACAAUAUAUUUUCAUAGAAAAAAGUUGCUUAUGUACUAAAUAUUUUGACACAAAUUUAACUGGCGCGACCAUUUGUACUUGUACUCCAAUUUGUACUUGUUUUUCGGUUCCCUGCUUGUUAGUGCGAUAUCCAGGAUUUCCAUAGCUCUAUCGGAAAGAACUUGAGGUUGAUACUCCAAACAACCAUUUAUUUCAACACAUACUUCUUCAGUUUCAGGUUUUCUAAAGAAAAUAAAUCGUUUUCAGAAGUUAGAAAAAUGAUAGUGCUUUACUUACUUAACUAACUUAGGUUGACAGAAAAGUAACUCGGGUAAUAUCCCAACCGGAUUUACUGUUAUUACUUUAAUUCCAGCAGAGAAAAGUUCCUCUCUUAAUGCCUGACUGGCUCCUUCUACUGCAAAUCUAAAACAAUAAUCUCAUGAUUGAGAGAAAAAUAACAAAAUUCUAGACCUACCUACUAGCAGCAUAAGCCACUAAACCUCCACCCAUAUUAUCAGUAGUUCCUAUUGUAAUAAUUCUACCACUUGAAUUUUUUAGUAAACUCUGGUAGGUUCUAGCAGUUCUUAAAACUCCAAUAAUGUUGGUUUUCAAUAGGGCGUCCCAGUGAGCGAUAUCUUGUUGAGUUAAAGAACCACGAUAUGUUAUUCCAUUGGUACAAACCACAGCCCAAAUUCCUAAGAAAAAAAUAAAUAAUAUCAGUUGAAAAAAUAAUGCAUGUAAAGAAAAGUUACCAUCUUCUCCAGCAGGCAAAUGAGCUCUGAUAAUAUCAACAGAUUCGUGCAAAAGAUCCUCUCUGGUCACGUCUAGAUGUAAAGGUACAAUGUUUCCUUGUCCUUGAAUGCUUUCUCUGUACUUUUGCCAUGCCCUUAUUACCUUGCCUGGUACUGAAUCGUCGGGUGAUCCAGAUGUUGAACCGUUUUUUAGUCCAGCGAAUACACGGAAUCCGCGAUUUGCUAAAUGAAUUGCCA